CACCGUCCUCAUGGUCAGUCUCAGCACCAUAGGUGUUACCAUUAUAUAGUUGAAGUUACAGGAACAAUGGUGUAAUCAAUAUUCUUUUUUGCCGGCCAUAGGGUCAAGAACAGUCUUCACAAACAGCAAAAGGCAAGGCACGUCGAUCGAGGUCACAACGUGCAUCCAAAGACCAGCCACAUGCAUCGUCUCAAAGGCCAAUCAUCCCCAUAAGGGAUUCUGAUAUGUCUAUGCCUCGAGCAAUAACACACAAUGCUGACGAUAUCACGAUUGCAAGUGAUGAUGACAGUGAUAGCAACUCACAUGGGAUAUACAAUAAUUCAGUGCAGUCGCAGGAUGGUGAUGAGGGUAUUAUACGAGUGGUCAGUGAUGAUGACAGCCAAGAAACACGAACAGAACAUCCAAUACUUCAGUCACUGCAUCGUAUUCCGCAGUACUCGCCUCUGAUAGCCAACGAAAACCGAUCAUCGUCCUUUGCUUUGGAACAGCUUUUAGGCAUUACAGGAGGAUCCAAAAAGUCAACGCGACAAGACGAAGUCGACCUGGAGUUUCAUGACACCUUGAAUCCCGAACCGCUCAUAGAAAUUAUGACGGAGUUACAAAGUCACUUUAAAGCGUGGAUGGGAAAAAUUAGUCAGGAUCAGACUCUGCUGUUACAACGUAUCAAGUAUGUAGAUGAACUCAGCUUGAAGGUGGCACAAGCGAUGGUCACUGCUGUGAAUCAAGCGAAAUUAGCGUCAGAGCGAUUAAAUGAAGUGAAUCAUAUAAAGAAGCAAGCAGAAAGGGUGCGGAAGAGGACUAUUCAUAUUUUCGAGAUAUUGAGUCAGAUUGAUCAUCAUUUGGAUCCCGAAGAUCGCGUAGGACAUCCGGCCUUUGCUGCACGGUGGCCCGACCUCGAUACGUUGUACCAACGAUCAUUACGAACGAGACCGCCACUACAAAUUAUGGGAAAACGAGAAGUUUCAGCCGUCGGUAUGCCAACCGUUACCGUGUCGAGCGAUUCCGUUGCGGUGUGGGGCGCUUCGGAAGAAGCUAAAUUGAACGAAGAGCAACCGACCUCAUCAGCUACGGCGACCGGUGUUGCAGCUUCUUCCGGUAGUGAAACCGUUUCAGCUACACCGGCGUUGGAGCGGCUACGCGACCUUUCAAGAUCAAUCAGUAUCACGGCUCAAGACCAUCGUACUUCGCUCGACAGAAACUCCACUACAUCUGCUUCAGCAGAAUGAAACACCAACUAAUUUUAUAAAGCAUUGUUUACGUCGUUCCCACACCUACAUUGGCUCGUGCAGUCUGUCGUGGUCUGGAAAACUACUCAUAUUUACGGAAAUAAAAGCCAUUGUUGGCAUACAGCAGAUUUGAAGUAAAAAUAUUUAAACU